AUUUCGCUGUGUUGGCUACCUUUGUACUGUUUAUACUAGAUAUAAUCAAAAGUCUAUUAAAUCUUACAGAGAAACAGAAUCUCACCAAGUAAUGAUGGAUACAGUAGCGUACCAGAAGAAAGUGUCUGACUAUUUCUCUGCAGCUUGUGUUCAGAUGGUCUUACAACUGGCGAAGGAUGUGGGGAUUCUUGACAUCUUGUUCUCUGCAGAACAACCACUGACCUCCGUGAAAAUAGCAGAGCUAGGGAAGCUUAAAGAAAGAUAUGUGAGAGAGAUCAUUGGAGCCCUGGCAACAUCAGAGAUAAUCCAGGUGGAUGAGAGUUCCACACAAUUCCACAUCCCCGAUGACCACAAAGCCAUACUUCGCAGGGUGACCGCUUUUGGCAAGGUGGCGCACUGCAUGGGACAAAGGAUGGGACAAAUGAAAGACAUUCUUAGCAAAGAUGGCCCGGACGGAAUGCGAUUUGAUGGUGAUCUGUUUGGUGCAUUUGAAGAAACUAGAAUACUAACACAAGACUCUAUCUUAGACAAUGACAUCCUCGCCUGCUUGCCCGAAGUCAAGGAUCGGCUAGAAAAGGGAAUAGAUGUUGCUGAAUUCGGAUGUGCUCAAGGAAUACUACUUCUGAAUCUCGCAGCUCGAUAUCCCAAGUCGACGUUCCUUGGUAGCGACAUCUCAGAGUCCUGCGUAGAAAAAGCGCGAACACUGGCAGCAGAGAGAGAGCUGACAAACGUCUCAUUUGAAGUGUAUGAUCUCCUGGACCUGCCGGAAACCAUCAACAAUUCAUUUGACUGGAUUUUCUUACGUGAUACUUUGCACGAUUUACCGAGCCCGGCAAAGGCGCUGCAAGGCAUCAAACAAGCCUUGAGGGAAGAUGGAACCGCGAGUAUUGUUGAAAUAGGAAUGCAGGGCAAGUUAGCAGAUGUCAAGGGAGAUAUCGUCUGGGCUCGGAUGUUUUCGCUCAGCACGUUCUUAUGUAUUCCCGAGAGUUUCCAAAGACAAAGUUCUGAUGCUUUUGGUGCGUGUUGGGGUGUAGAGAAAGCUCGUCAGUUGAUUAAAGAUGCAGGGUUCACUCUAGUUAAGGAGUAUUUUAGCGAGAAAAAUACCGCUUCUGUUAAUUAUGUGUGUCAAUUGUGAGCCUGUUUUUAAUUACAAUUCCGUAUUGUCAUUCAAUGAAUUGUGUAAAUUUGAAACUAAUAAUAUAAAGAGUGGAAGAACGUUUGACGAUGUAUUAACCUCAUAACUCUUGAACGUCUACAUAUCUACAUCCACUCACACCUAAACCUUAAUUGAAAAUAAGCACGGACGGACGCAUAAUUAUUUUCAAAGUGGCAUCUCCAGUAUUGCAAAGUACAAUAGCAUUAAAUAUAAAUAAGACAAUUCAUAUUAGAAACGUGCAGCCCACCUAAAUUUAGACUGCUAAAAUGAAUUACAUCCAGAGGCACUUGGGAAUUCAAAGGUUAUUCACGCUCAGUAUAUUCCUAUGGAUCCGUGUCAGUAUCACAUCUGUGGAUCUAACUCUGACUUUAUGUUGUACAAUAAAAUGAAUUCCCUGAUGAA